UGAUUGUCUGUUUCGGUGAUCAACAAUUAACCCAAGUGCCACUAAUUAUCUUAAUCUUUUUAACCUCUUAGAGAAAAGAUCAACAUCUUGAACGAAAUCAAUUGGACUGUGGAUUUUAUGGUUUGUUUUGAACAGACCUAUUGAUUUAUUUGUGAUUUCUAGUUGGAACUCAUUAAUCGUUUUUCAUUGUCGUCGCAACAUUUAAUUUUAAUCUGGUUUGAAUUACAAAUUCUAAAGAAAUGGCUGGCGCUAUGGAGAGAGCACAAAAGCUUCCUAAAUUAAAGGAGGUCGAAAAUGAGAAAAUUUAUGGUUAUGUCCAAGGAGUAUCCGGUUGUGUGGUUGUCGCUGAAGCCAUGGCUGGAGCUGCUAUGUUCGAGUUGGUCCGAGUUGGUCACGACGAAUUAGUCGGGGAAAUUAUUCGACUUGAAUCGGACUUGGCAACCAUUCAAGUCUAUGAAGAAACAUCUGGUGUAACUGUUGGAGAUCCUGUUCUUCGUACUGGAAAACCUUUAUCGGUUGAACUCGGACCAGGAAUCAUGGGCUCCAUCUUCGAUGGUAUUCAACGUCCCUUGAGAGACAUUCACGAUCUCACCCAAAGUAUUUACAUUCCAAGAGGUGUCAACACACCGGCGUUAAACCGAGAAAUCAAAUGGGACUUUCCUCAGUAUGUGAGAAUCGGAAGUCACAUAACUGGUGGUGAUGUUUACGGUUAUGUCCAUGAAAACACUUUGAUCAAACACAAAUUGAUGCUUCCACCCAAAGCGAAGGGUACAAUUACAUUCCUGGCAGAACCUGGUUCUUAUGAUAUGAAUGAUGUCAUCUUAGAGACUGAAUUCGGGGAAAAGUCACAAUUCACCAUGUUACAAACAUGGCCAGUUCGUCAAACGAGACCAAUCACUGAGAAACUUUCUGCUAAUCACCCUCUUCUCACCGGUCAACGAGUACUCGACGCUUUGUUCCCGUGUGUUCAAGGUGGUACAACAGCCAUUCCAGGAGCUUUCGGUUGUGGUAAAACUGUCAUUUCUCAAGCUCUUUCAAAAUAUUCCAACAGUGAUGUUAUUGUUUACGUUGGUUGUGGUGAACGAGGAAACGAAAUGGCGGAAGUACUUAGAGAUUUUCCUGAACUUACAGUUGAGAUCAAUGGGGUCACUGAAUCUAUUAUGAGACGUACAACUCUUGUCGCUAACACAUCAAACAUGCCGGUCGCAGCUCGAGAAGCUUCAAUUUACACCGGAAUCACAUUGUCAGAGUACUUCCGAGAUAUGGGUUACCAUGUUUCCAUGAUGGCAGAUUCAACUUCGCGUUGGGCUGAAGCUUUGAGAGAAAUUUCUGGUCGAUUGGCUGAAAUGCCUGCAGAUUCUGGUUAUCCAGCUUAUCUUAGUGCUCGAUUAGCUUCUUUCUAUGAGAGAGCAGGACGAACCAAGUGUUUAGGUAACCCGGAACGAGAAGGUAGUGUCACCAUUGUCGGUGCUGUAUCACCACCCGGUGGUGAUUUCUCCGAUCCCGUGACAUCCGCUACUUUGGGUAUUGUCCAAGUUUUCUGGGGAUUGGACAAGAAACUUGCACAAAGGAAACAUUUCCCUUCCAUUAAUUGGAGUUUAUCUUACAGUAAAUACACUCGAGCAUUAGAUGAAUAUUAUGAAAGAAAUUUCCCUGAUUUCGUUCCAAUUCGAACUAAGUGUCAACAAAUUCUACAAGAAGAAGAAGAUCUUUCAGAAAUCGUGCAACUCGUUGGUAAAGCUUCACUUGCCGAAGGAGAUAAAGUGACAUUAGAAGUUGCUCGUCUAAUCAAAGACGAUUUUCUACAGCAAAACAGUUAUUCUCCUUAUGACAGAUUCUGUCCUUUCUACAAGACAAGUGGAAUGCUUAAGAAUAUAAUUUCAUUUUAUGAUUUGGCCAAACACUCGAUUGAGGCCACAGCUCAAAGUGAGAAUCGUAUUACAUGGGCAAUGAUUCGUGAAGCUCUUGGUAGUACCAUGUAUGAGUUAAGCUCAAUGAAAUUCAAGGAUCCUGUUAAAGACGGUGAAACUAAGAUUCGUCGUGAUUUCGAUGAUCUCGCAGAGUCCAUGCAACAAGCUUUCCGAAGUCUUGAAGAUUAAGAAUCAACAAUAAUCAAGUCAACGCAAUUAUCUAUUCCAAUAAUUACUUGGAAACCUUUUCUUCAAACACAAUUCAAUAAUCAUCAACAUGCGGAGAACAAAAUAUGGAAAUCAAAUAUUAGCCUUGUUGUCGUUUGCAGUUUUUUCUCAGUGUGUGCACCUUAAAAAACUAUCACGAUAAAUACGGAAUUUUCUAUUAGAAAACAUAUAUCGCAUUUUCUUCUGAAGUUUUUUAUCACUUGUAAAUUGAACUGUUCUCAAAUCCUUAUUGUUCGGUCGACCUGCUCAUUUGAAAUGUGACAUCUCAUCUUCGCUCUUCAGAUUUCUUAUUUUACAUAGAAAUCUUUUUUGAAAUCUAUUUUUACAUUCCUCUUCAGCAUCAAUCUUUUCUCAUUUGGAAUCACAUCGAUUUCCAAGUCUCGAAUUGACUCACUGCUUAUCUUUCGUGGACACUCAAUUUUGCCGUUUAGUUCGGUACAAUAAAAGGAUAUGCGUCCAGUUAUUUGUUGUGGAAUCGUACACAUAUACUAGAUGGCGACUUUUGUUGAACCCUGAGACAAAGAAGAAGGAUUUGGAUUAUCAUUUCAACUCUUUAAUUUAAUCUCUCAAUAACCUCAUUGAAUCAGAAAAUUCUAACCAAACAACUAGAACUCAUUCUUUUUUUUCUGAGAGCUGAUGUUUGCAUAAUCACCCAGUUCAUUGUUGAUCGUUUUCUUGAAGAGACUGUAAACUCAUCAUCUCAUUCAGAGUAUUUAAUAGUCUCUGUCACAUCAUUUCUUUAUAUGAAAAGGGUUUCGACCAGAGCGAUUAUCUCAGGUAAACGCUCGACAAGGUCCACAAUCUAAUGUUUGAUCAUCAAACUACUUGUUGAUUGUGCAGAAUCGCGAUCAAAAGAUUCUGGGAACUCAAUUUUUGGUAUUCGGGAGAAAGAAGAAGAGUUAACCUCUUUUUCAUCUCCCACUAAAUCGAAUCUAAACUGAUUUCUUAAUUUUCAUGCCAAUUGUAAUUUUCUGUCAAGCGUGUGAAUGUUCAGAUCAAUGAAAAAAACAAUUAAAAGAUUAAAUAAGCAAUAGUAAUUAAA